UACCACAAAACUGGAUAUUCCUGUAUUAUUUUAUUCAUUCGAAGUAGCGGGCGUAGGCCAGUCUUCAUUAAUGUUUUACGUAUUAAAAUUCAUAUGAUUCUUAAACGGUAGAAACUAUGUCCUCCGAGCGUUGUGAUAUUCGCACGAUAAUUAUGCUGCUGUUAGAACGUUAAGUAGAUUUUUAGGACUUAAGUAAAAUAUAGUGUGUAUAAAAAUGGAUCAAUCGUUUGAAGAAAAUAGGUAUACUAGUGCGUGUAGUAGUUCUGCAAAAUCUUCAUGGUUACCCUUAAUACGACAGAUGUUCAUAUGCAGUGGAGUGACGUCAUACUUUUUCAUUUAUGGAUUAUUUUUCGGCGCCCCAACAGUUUAUGUACCACAAAUACGGAAAGAAGCGAACUCGACUGAUGCUAUUAAUAUGGAAACGAUGUCUUGGUUAUUUUCAAUCUCCAGUUACGGAUCUCUACCAUGGGCGAUAAUUUGCCCAAUAAUCGCAGAACGAUAUGGCAGAAAAGUGCCAUACAUGAUAUUAUGGGUAAAUACUAUGGUCAGUGUUUCGUUAUUUUACUUCAGCAAAUCUGUAACCGAACUUUUCAUAAGUGGUUUCUUACAAGGGAUGCUACAAACAAUACAAAUAGGAGUUUCAAUUAUGGUGCUCACUGAAUAUGUAUCACCCAAAUAUAGAGGGAUUUUCAUUACGUUCAAGUCUGCGACUUUUUACUGGGGUAUCUGGAUCUCUAACGCUAUUGGAACCUUCUUUCAUUGGAAGAAUAUUGGGAUACUGGUAUUUUCGUGCUGCGUCUACAAUUUCAGUAUAUUAUUUUGGCCUGAAUCUCCUUAUUGGUUAGCAUCGAAAGGACGCUUUGAAGAAUGUGCGAAAUGCCACCGCUGGUUAAAAGGUGAAGAUAAAGACGCUGAAGAAGAACUAAAGAUGCUUAUUUUAUCAUCAAAAGAGAAUUUGAAACGGAAGCAAGAACGUCGAGAGGGAAACCAACCAAAUAGUAUUGUUAGAGUUUAUAAUACUGUGAAGGCCAGAAGAUUCUACAAACCACUUAUACCUUCUGUAUUAACUAUAUGCUUAUAUCAUUUCUCAGGAAAGUUGGCAUGUACGGGCUAUGUAAUAGAAAUUAUAAAAUCAAUUACUGUUAGUGAAUCAACAGCGUACGAAGGAAUGCUUGUGCUAGAUGGAAUCACUGUACUCGGAAUGUAUGUAGGUGUUUCAUUUACUAAGUUUUUCAAGCGUCGUCCGUUGUUAUUUAUUUCUGCAAUUAUCGGUGUUAUAUUUUUAUUUGCAUUAUCAUUGUAUUUAUAUUUAAUUUCUUUAAAGGUUAUAUCAGAAAAUAAAUAUUUAACAUUAUUCCUUUUAAUGGGCUUCUCAGUGACAAUAAGUUGUGGUCCAAUGAUUUUGUCUAUGUGUUUCUCUACUGAAUUGACUCCAUUAAAAGGCAGAAGUAUAUUUAUAAGCAUUUUCACACUUUCAACUUGUACUAUCAUGGGUUCAAUUUUGAAAAUUUCUCCAUACAUUUUUAAAUAUUUUGCAUCACAUGGUGCAUUUUUAUUUUAUGCUAUAAUGUCGUCUAUAUUUAUUGCUAUUCUUUACAAGAUUUUACCAGAAACAAAAGAUAAAACCAUCCAAGAAAUAGAAAAAUAUUUUUGUGAUAAUGAUAAUGUUGUAGAAGAACAAGAAUUAAUGAAUCCAACAGAUGCUCGUAUUAAAUAAUUUCUUACUUUAAUUAAUUUAAUUUAGCUUUAUAAAAGAUGCUGAGUAUUUCCCAUAACUUCAAGGUGUUGACGAGUCCACUUAUUGGAGUCGAACUAACUUUUUUUUUAUCUUUUAUUUUUGAGAAAGAAUACAAUAAAAAACUUAAGCUAACUUAUCCUAAUAACUAUACAAAUCAUGCCCAAGUGGAAUGGUGGCAAGAAACUGGCUGCAUUUCCGCGCUGGACAGCCAGGCUUGAUCCUUUGCGCAAAAAAUUAGCCAGUCCUUCCUUCUGUCACCAGUCGAGACAACUAGCCACGGUGAAAUGAUUCGGUAAUUUUUUUUUACUAAAAAAUAAAAUAUUUUACACGACUUUAUCUAUCUUUGCAUUUUUAAUUUUAAAGUUUGGCUACGUCAUAAUUAUAAGGUUUACGUAUAAGGGACACAUUUUAAGAUCUAUUUACAAAAGAAGUUUACUCCGAAAAUGUUAAGUUUAGCACACGUGUUCUUUGAACAGUUUUAAUUAAUUUUUGGUAAAGAAUAUAACCCCAGAGUUACGGGAAAUAUUCCCCCAGCACUCUGUAUAAGUUAGUAUUUAUGGAUUAGUAGGAUAAUAUUGUAGUUAUGAUUGCAGCUAUGUAAUUAAAUUUAAUUUAAAAUAUG